AUGGGUCCAGAGGAGGAUGAAGUCAUGAUUAAUAUAGAUGGUUCCUUCAAAGAAACUACUGCUGGGUUUAGAGCUGUGUUGAGAGACCAUAAAGGGAAAGUAACUGACUGUGCUACUGGUGGUAGUGAACCAAUUUCUGUUGCUACUCAUGAGCUGCAGGGGGUUGAGCUGGGUCUAAAUUUGGCUAUUGCAAACCAUCUUCCUAAAGUGCAUCUCUGUGUUGACUCAAUGACUGUUUUUCUUCUUUUUAAUUCUCCUGAACCAAAGCCACCUUGGAGCUUGAUACACUUGUGGAGAAGAGUUAGUGCCUUGCUAGGAAAAUUUCAAAGAGUCAGAGUUAGUUACUUUUAUAGAGAAACCAAUCGCGCUGCCGAUUGGUUGGCCAGCCAAAACCCUGGAUGGAAUGUGGUUCGUUUAACUCCUGGGCAGUUUAGCUCUGAGUUUAGUCUUAUUCAUUUAGAGGACAGUAGUGGUAAACUCUACUGGAGAGAGUUUUGUUUUUUCUUUUCUUUUUUUGUAAGGCUUUUUGCAUCUGUCUUGUUUUUUGUUUUGGUUUUUGGGCUUUCUUAG